CAAUCUUUCGGUAUCCAGAAGCCACAUUGGAUUUUGACUAAUCCAGAAUCAAGUUACAUCGGACCUCAUAAGGUGAGAAGCUCUCCCAAUGCCUAUUUCUCCAUUCACAAGACUCGAACUCAAGACCUUGCUUAAGGGGGAAUCGAGGUUGUUUAUAAUCUCUUAGAUGAUGAGCAUCAGGUUUUUAUGGUGAAGUAUGAUUUAUGGAAGAAACUAUAAACUAUUAGGUUUUGUUUUCUCCUCUUUGAUAUAAGUUGUUGUGGACAGCAGCCAACGGAUUUUUCAUACUGGAUAAUUUUGUUCAUUUUACCUCAUCUUGGAACCUACAUUUUAUGGCUUUUGGAAAGUACCUUAUGUGUCCCAACUUUCUUUUUCCAGGUCCACCUGUCUGCUUUUCUGUUUGCUGGAUCAAUUUAAUACGUUUUAAGUUAAUUAACAUUUUUUACUAUUAUUCCACUUCUCUUAGUUGCUUUUCUCUUUAAAUUGGUUUACUCUUCGGCACUGUGUAUCAGACGUAGAAUCAUCUAGAAACUCGGUUCUCGCCUUAUGAUGGAACCAUAGUCUACUGGUUGAGUCUAUAUAUUUCUAGGUUGGAAUUUGAUUAACUGGAAAAUUAUAGAUCUGGGGACACAUGAAGGUACAUGCAAAACUCUGAUGUUUCAUCCUUUUGGAUGGUUAAUGAAGGGACUUCAUAGUGACACUUCGAGCCCAAUUGACUCCGUCAGUCCAAAACUCUCUUCUUUUAGACAUUGCUUGAAAUUAGUCAGUCCAAAACUUGUUUUGUUAGUUUAUCUGGGGACACAUGAAGGUACAUGCAAAAUACCGCAAGGAACAGACUAGUUGUCAUCUGAUUCUGUAAAUGUCAUUUCUAUUCUUGCUGAUCCACUGUAUGUAUGAACUGUUAGGUCGCGAAGCAAAUCCAACCUGCAAGGUACGUGAAUCAAAUCCAAGCUGAUAUAUCUUUUAUCCAUUGCCCUGCUGGAGUUUCUUCUUCUUAUUCAGUUUGGUUUAUUGAUCUGCAUUUUCUGUAGUUAUUAGCAACAAAUCAUGAACUGCCACCACCCAGUUGUGGGGACCUCAGACUGGCCAAGUUCUUGGAUUGCCACAUGAUGUUUUCUGUGCUACUGGUUUCUUUCUUGUUCACUCAUUUGUUCUCAAGUAUUUUCUGCUACCAUCAUUAUCUUGGCAUCCAUGAAAUCUUGUUGUAUCUCUUCUAAAUUUGUGACUGUUCUCUGUUCUCUCUGUAGUAAACAUCUUUCUAUGGUUCAUCACAGUGCAACGUAUCCAGGUUAUCGAGCUUCAUCGUCAUUGCUCAUUGGGACGUGGGGCAGCCCCUAAGGUACCCGUUCAACCGUGGGAAGCAUGAUCUGCUAACACAGAUGGGUAGGUAUUUGUGGCAGGGGUACGUAUGUGCUAGAGGACAACAGUAUUAAGGCUUGAGGAGCAUUAUUUUGGUUAGGAUAGAACGGCAUCUCUUGUGCUUUAUUUGACUGAUACCUUGACUCAUCCAUAAAUUUCACUCCCUAAU